AUGGCUCCUGCAGCUGAAGAGAAGGCGCAGCGAUACAAGCUGGUAGUACGCGUCCACAGCGCCGAGGAACUGCAGCAUUCUUCUUCGCAGGGCGCUUAUUGCAAGCUCUACGUGGGGGCUACGGCCAUGACAGAGGGCAGUCACAAGGCGCUGAGUAAAAAAGACUCAAACGACUCUUCCACGUCCAACGAGGACGUGGAUGAAGCCUGGCAUCUUGAGGUGCGGCGUACGCGCACACAACACCAGCAGCCCAACGCGCUGGCGCCGUCCGAGACCAUUUGGGAUGAGGCAUUCGAGGUGCCCAUCCGCCCGGGCGUCGAUUUGGCGACGCAGAUCGUGAGUAUACGCGUGAAAAGUCAUCAUCUUUUCUUCUGCCCCGUGGUGGGGGCGUGCGCAGUCUCGCUGGCAAAUUUGUUGCCAGGGGAGAGAUUGGAGCAGUGGUUUCCUCUGCAAAAGGGAAAGAAACCGGCCGGACGCAUUCGAGUCAUGCUACUGAUUGUACCAGAAGAUAAGGCUGUGAUAUCUUUGGUGCCCCGAAGAAAACAGCCGAACCAAGAUAUCAUGGCGGCAAGAGCGGCGAACCAUGAGGCCGAUGAGGCGAUUAAAAGACUCGUCGAUAAGCAGUUGAGGCAAGAGGCCGAACGACGACAGCGCAGACUCGAGAGAACGUCGAGUGGACCGCCAGUGGAGGUGAAGCGACCAGUGGCGAUGGGAGAUCGGCACAAAAGAGGAGGCAACUCGACGUGGCCGCCCCCUCCAGGUGUGUCGUCUCCGAAGGUGCUGCCACCGCUUGGAACUCCUGCGGCAUUUCGAGAUAACAACAAGGAAAACGAACUUCCGAGUCCGCCACCGACUGAACAGCCAGUGUCACCGAUUGCGGAAGGAGACGGCAAGACUACGCAAAUUGAAAAUGCAACUUAA